AAUGAAAAUAAGAAACAAAUUGGUAGGAAGGGUUCAGUAGGAAGUUUUCCAGUCUCCUACGACCGUGAACGCACCAUCUCUAUCCCGAUUCUCCAUCUUUUCCACCAAGCACAGGACCAACCUUCGUCUUGGACCUCUUGGACUAUUUUCCGGCCCACGUAACCACAGCCAGACUUUAAGGACCACAAUCAUGACGGACUCCAAAUAUUUUACUACAAACAAAAAAGGGGAGAUCUUUGAACUGAAGGCAGAGCUGAACAAUGAGAAAAAGGAGAAAAGGAAAGAAGCUGUGAAGAAAGUCAUUGCAGCCAUGACUGUUGGCAAAGACGUCAGUUCUUUGUUUCCAGAUGUGGUCAACUGCAUGCAGACGGAUAACCUGGAGCUGAAGAAGUUGGUCUACCUCUAUCUGAUGAACUACGCCAAGAGCCAGCCUGAUAUGGCCAUCAUGGCUGUCAACAGUUUUGUCAAGGACUGUGAGGACCCCAACCCUUUAAUCCGAGCUUUGGCAGUCCGCACCAUGGGUUGCAUUCGAGUGGACAAAAUCACUGAGUACCUGUGUGAGCCGCUGAGGAAGUGUCUGAAAGACGAGGAUCCCUACGUGAGGAAGACGGCGGCUGUCUGCGUCGCUAAGCUCCAUGACAUCAAUGCUCAGAUGGUGGAGGACCAGGGUUUCCUGGACUCUCUGAGAGAUCUGAUUGCCGACUCAAACCCCAUGGUUGUGGCCAACGCUGUUGCUGCCCUGUCAGAGAUCAGUGAGUCCCACCCCAACAGCAACCUCCUGGACCUGAACCCGCAGAACAUUAACAAGCUGCUGACAGCUCUGAACGAGUGCACUGAGUGGGGACAGAUCUUCAUCCUGGAUUGUCUCUCCAACUACAACCCAAAAGAUGAACGUGAAGCUCAAAGCAUCUGUGAGCGAGUCACUCCCCGACUGUCCCAUGCCAACUCGGCAGUGGUUCUGUCUGCUGUCAAGGUUCUCAUGAAGUUCUUAGAGCUGCUGCCCAAAGACUCCGACUACUACAACACGCUGCUGAAGAAGCUGUCCCCUCCGCUGGUUACCCUGCUCUCCGGAGAACCAGAGGUCCAGUAUGUGGCUCUGAGGAACAUCAACCUCAUUGUUCAGAAGAGGCCUGAGAUCCUCAAACAGGAAAUCAAGGUGUUCUUCGUCAAGUACAACGAUCCCAUCUAUGUGAAACUGGAGAAACUGGACAUCAUGAUCCGCUUGGCCUCCCAGGCCAACAUCGCCCAGGUUUUGGCUGAACUGAAGGAGUAUGCCACAGAGGUAGACGUUGACUUUGUGCGAAAGGCCGUUCGAGCGAUCGGACGCUGUGCCAUCAAAGUGGAGCAAUCCGCUGAGCGCUGCGUCAGCACCCUGCUGGACCUGAUCCAGACUAAGGUUAACUACGUGGUUCAGGAGGCUAUUGUGGUCAUCAGAGACAUUUUCCGCAAGUACCCUAACAAGUAUGAAAGCAUCAUCGCCACCCUGUGUGAGAACCUGGACUCCCUGGAUGAGCCGGACGCUCGGGCGGCCAUGAUCUGGAUCGUUGGGGAGUAUGCAGAGAGGAUUGACAACGCGGACGAGCUGCUGGAGAGCUUCCUUGAGGGUUUCCAUGAUGAGAGCACCCAGGUCCAACUCACUCUGCUGACUGCUAUUGUGAAGCUGUUCCUUAAGAAGCCGUCUGAGACUCAGGAGCUGGUGCAGCAGGUCCUCAGCCUGGCUACUCAGGACUCUGACAACCCUGACCUCCGUGACCGAGGCUACAUUUAUUGGCGUCUGCUGUCCACUGACCCUGUGACCGCCAAAGAGGUGGUGCUGUCAGAGAAACCGCUGAUCUCUGAGGAGACGGAUUUGAUCGAGCCCACGCUGCUGGAUGAGCUCAUCUGCCACAUCGGCUCCCUGGCCUCCGUCUAUCACAAGCCGCCCAGCGCCUUCGUGGAGGGAAGUCAUGGAAUCCACAGGAAACACCUUCCUGUUCAGCACAGCAGCAUUGAUACCGGUGAAAGCCCGGUGAGUGGCGGUCCAGCUGCCGCCAUGGAUCAGCCGCAUGUCAUCCCCAGCCAGGGCGACCUGCUGGGAGACCUGCUGAACCUGGAUCUGGGUCCUCCCGUCAAUGUGCCCCAGGUGUCCUCCAUGCAGAUGGGUGCGGUGGACCUUCUGGGAGGGGGCCUGGACAGUUUGCUGGGGGGAGACCUGGGCGGAGGUGUUGGGGGAAGUCCAGCAGUUGGACAAAACUUCAUUCCCUCAUCCGUCCCAAGUACUUUUGCCCCCUCGCCCACACCUGCACCCCAGGCUGCCAGCAGCGGCCUGAACGACCUGUUUGAGCUUUCCACAGGGAUGGCCAUCACCACCGGAGGCUACGCCGCUCCAAAAGCAGUCUGGCUCCCUGCGGUGAAAGCGAAGGGUCUGGAAAUUUCAGGAACGUUCUCUCGCCGCCAAGGUCACAUGUACAUGGACAUGAGCUUCACGAACAAGGCCCUUCAGCACAUGACCGACUUCGCCAUCCAGUUUAACAAGAACAGUUUUGGGGUUAUUCCCACCAGUCCUUUACCCAUCCACACUCCACUGAUGCCCAACCAGAGCAUUGACAUCUCUUUGCCCCUCAACACCAUCGGACCCGUCAUGAAGAUGGACCCCUUGAAUAAUUUGCAGGUGGCUGUGAAGAAUAGCAUUGACGUGUUUUACUUCAGCGUUCUCAUCCCUCUCAAUGUAUUCUUUGUUGAGGAUGGAAAAAUGGAGCGACAGGUGUUCCUGGCGACAUGGAAAGACAUCCCCAAUGAAAAUGAGCUGCAGUAUCAGAUAAAGGACUGUCACUUAAAUGCAGACACAGUGUCAGGAAAGCUGCAGAAUAACAACAUCUAUACUAUCGCCAAAAGAAACGUUGAAGGUCAGGACAUGCUUUACCAGUCCCUCAAGCUGACCAACGGCAUCUGGAUCUUAGCCGAGCUCCGCAUUCAGCCGGGAAACCCCAAUUACACGCUGUCUCUGAAGUGCAGGGCCCCCGAGGUUUCCCAGUACGUCUAUCAGAUGUACGACUCUGUGCUGAAGAAUUGAUCGGUCUGCCCAGGCGACAACUCCUCUCUCCACUAACAACUUUCUCAUUUCAUCUGUGUGCAGUCGACUGCCAGAGUAAGAAAGCCCAAGCAGUAAACGACAGACGAGUAACAUUAAAUAUCUUAGUUGUAUUUUUCCUAUAAUAGAUCUACGAGACAAAUACGAGCCAGUACAAAUGUAUUAUGAGUGAUCACUGUCGCAUUACCGAAUCCUUUAAUUCCAUUUCUGGUUGAAAUGUUUACCUCCCAGAAAAGCUGGCGUACCAUUCCAUCCUCAACUGAGUGUCUUAUUGUUGUGACUGAGGAGGGGGGGGCGUCAUGAUGCUUUUGCGUGUGUGGCUUCGUCUCAUACCAGCUAAUAUAUUCAGCUUUUCUCAAAAGUUUCAUUAUUUUGAAAAAGAAAAUCCUCAAAUUGUUAGCCAUGUUUAACAUCAUAAACAAAUGUUGGUCAAAAAUAAGUUUUCAGAAAUCGAAGCAGCUGUUGUGUUCCUACAGUGCCACUCCAUUUUACUCCUAUUGCACAAUAAAUGUCCCAGUGAUGCACAUCUUUGUUUUUUUUCAUCUACCUCUUUUUAUGUUUUUGUUAGCUUUAUUGAUUCUUCAUUUUAUUCUGUGCUUUAACUGUCUUUUGAAUCUCAGUUUCACUUUAUGACAAGUCGGCCAAACCCACCAGACCAAGCAUCGUGCAGAUCCAGCGGUUCAUAUAGUGACAUUGUGAAGUUUCCAUGGUGUAACUUGAAUAGAUAUUGUGCGCACACCCUUUUAUUGUGUCGUGGUCCAGCAGUUGUAGAAAAGACAUUAAACUUUUUUCUGGAUGUAAAUAAAGUGACGCUUUGCCUUUAUUCCAUCAGGUAAUUUUCUUUUCCAGUGGAUUGGUUGUGUUGUUUUCACUGUUUACUCCAAUUUCUGCUUCAUUUUUGUCGUCUCAAGCGUUCCCAUUUCCUUUAUUUUCAUCCCCUCUUUCUCCUGCCUCAUGCUUUUACUUUUCACUGAAGAUUUACAAUAUAUUCAAAAGUUGUUGCCAGCUAGCAAAGUACUAAAAGUAAUAUGAAAAUGUUAAACGGAGCAUUUCAUGUAUGAUUGCUUAAAGUCUGUGUUUAAAUAAUGGGUUGUCACUGUACACCAUUCUUAUGUUAAUAAAUCUUGUGCAACCAGAA